UAAUUGCAAUGGUGGUGUUAGUUAGACCGUGCCAUGUUUGUAUAUUUUAAGUCCGUUAGGUUGGCCUGGAAAUGGAUAAAUUCCAGAAAGGUUUUAUGGCUUACAUAGAAAAAAUGCACAUUAAAAACGAGAAUUGUGAUGACGUUACCAACUUAUAUGUCGUCUCCGUCUUACAAACAUACACCACAGCAAAUUCACAUUAAGUAGAAUUAUAUAGUUUUAUUAUGAUAACUUUAAUAUUACAGUAAAUACUAAAUUGACCUAUAAUAUAAAAUACCAACAUUAUCGAUGAUCUGUCGUUGUUUUUUCAUAUUUUAAGUUUUAUAUAGACGAGUUAUUAAACUAGUAUAUUGAGAAUGUGAAAUAGUAAAAUGCUCACACUUGAAAAUUCAAAUAUCGUUAAAAACCUACGACUGAUCCACUGAUCACAGAUAAUGUUUUUAUGUCUUACCUAACGUAAAUUCUUAAAAGUUUGAUCAUGGCCUACAAGACAAUUCUAACAAUAUUAAUACUGUAUAACAACAAAACCUACUGUACACAAAUUUGCCAUAUUUUUACGUUUUAUCGGACUUGGUAGCGUAAUCUUCUUGAAGUUUAAAUUUCAUUAAAUUAUUUUAUAGCCCUAUAAUAGGUAAUAGGAAUAUUCACAAUAUUAGAAUAAUAUUCAUUAAUUAUUUGUAUUUCUGUGGCUGUAGAAUUGUAUACAACUAUUUGUUUUAUUGUUCACUUUUCCGACACUGAAACGCAAACAAUUUGCUAACCUGUAAUAGAUCACUGUUAUCACUCCACAAUUUUUGUUGAUACUCUUUGAUACCUGAUAAAGUGAUAAAUUAAUGCGUGAUCACAUCACACCGCACGCGACUUUAGAUUUGGAGUCUUGGAGAUUGAAGUCUGGCCUGUGGAGUAUUGGAAAUUGGAAUUUGGAAUGGAUUAAAGUUUGUUGAAUUUAUCAAUUGCUUUUUUUCAAAGCUUGACAUUUGCAAAUACUGGAGUGAAAUCUCCAGGAAUUGAUAUUUUGUAUUGACUUACGAGUUAAGAAUUACAAUCCACUUGUUUACAUCUUAAAUAUAAUGAGUGAUUUUAAAACAGUUAUUGAAGGCACUCGAGCCUCUAACAAUUUGCCAAAUGGAGUAAAUUGGAAUUUUUAUUACAGUUACCCUAAAUUUAAAAAAACUGUUUCAUCACGUCAACAUCAUGUUCUCAAGUUAAUAUCUGCAUUAUUGAAAAAUCAAAAAAUCCCGGGUAAUAUUCGAGAUAAAGAUGAAGAUCAUCAAUUUGAACUUAUUGAAGAAGGAAAUGACACAAUCUUAGACCGAGUGACACAUAAUAUUGAUACAUUAAAUGGGUCUUUCAAGAAUGUGGGUGUAUCUGUUAUCCCUAAAGCUUUUGUAUCAGAAACUACUGACAAUACACAAGCAGCAAACAAAAAAAGAAUAUUAGUACAUGGACGUAAUAUUGAAAGACCACAAUUAAAAUUUAAGACCAAAGUCGAUAAUAGACCAGUUCCGUUUAAACCCCUUCUUACUAGUAAACCAAACAGUAAAAUACCAUUAGAUUUAUGUUUAGAAACUAAUGAAGAUGGAAUCAUGUUUUAUAAACAUCCAUAUCAAUUAGAAUUAGAAGAAUUCAAGGUUCCAGAUGAACACUUAAAAAUCUCAAAAGCUGUCAAGCCUGCAUCACUAGAAGAUACAAAAUUUGUUGAAGUAUAUACUGAAGAACAAUUAAAUUUAAUGAUUUCAGAUUUAAAAAACGUCAAUGAAUUAGCUGUUGAUUUAGAGGCUCAUAGUUAUCGAACAUAUCAAGGGUUUACUUGCUUAAUGCAAAUAUCUACUAGAAAUGCAGACUAUAUUAUAGAUACACUACAUCUUCGUGAAAAAUUGCACAUACUCAAUGAAAUAUUCACUAAUCCUGCUGUAGUUAAAGUAUUUCAUGGAGCUGAUAGUGAUAUUCCUUGGCUGCAAAGAGAUCUGGGUCUAUAUGUUGUCAAUAUGUUUGAUACGUAUCAAGCUGCCAAAAUAUUGAACUUUUCUAGAAAAGGGUUAGAUUUCUUACUAAAACAUUAUUGUAAUGUAGAUGCUGACAAAGCAUUUCAACUGUAUGAUUGGAGAACUAGGCCUUUAUCGACUGAAGCCAUAUUUUACGCCCGUAGUGAUACUCACUAUUUACUCUAUGUGUAUGAUAUGAUCAAAAAAGAUUUAAUGGCAAUGUCUACUAACCAGUGCAACUACAUUGAAUUAGUAUUUCAGCGAAGUGCUGAUGUGUGCAAAACGAGGUAUGAAGUGAAUAUUUUAAGCGAAGACAGUCACUUGAGUAUGUAUAAGCGCAGUAAAAAAAUGUUUGACAUCCAGCAAAUGUAUGCACUCAAACAUAUAUACGCUUGGAGAGAUAAAUUAGCUAGAGAAUUAGAUGAAAGUCCAGGAUAUAUUCUACCGAAUCAUAUGUUGCUUAAGAUAUCAGAAAUGUUGCCCAAAGAAUCAUUUGGCAUAUUGGCUUGUUGUUCGCCUAUACCUCCAUUGGUACGACAAUGUCUCCAUGAAAUCCAUUACAUCGUUAAAAAAGCAAGGGAACAAACUUUUGAAAAUCAGGCCGAGAAAUUAAAUGAGGAUAAUAGUUUUACACAAGAUGUGGUCAAGCAUAUAGAUGUUGACAUGAUUAGCUUACAUGAUUAUUCUAAAUCAAAAGAGAAUGCAGAAGACUCAUUGCCUACAUUAUUAAAUGAUUUAAAUAAAUUACCUGAUGAUGAAAUUGAAAUUCUAUGUUUUACGCCACAGGAAAUCACUAUAUUCCAAGAAGUGAACAAAAAAAAAUCAAAGAAGCAUAUUGGUUUAACAAAUAUUGUAUAUAAACAGCCGUAUGAGCUGUAUUUGAAAACAAUUAAGUAUAAUAAUGUUCUUAAAAAAUCACUAGAGGUGCAAGAGAAAAACAGCGGUAACAAUGAACCAUUAAAUACUAGUGUCCCAAUGGAAUGUCCAGACAAACUUUAUUUAACAACUCAAGUUAAAGAAAUUAAAAAAGAAAUUAUUGACCAUACAAAUGUAAAAAAGAAUGUUCCAAAAGUUCUAAAUGCUCCAAAUACAAUUAUAAGAGAGAUAAAAGUUGAUAACCAAAGUUCUAGUACAAGUUCAACUUCCCAAAACCCUACAAAUAAUUCAAGACAAAACAGUUUUAAACCUCAUAAGUAUGAAACAACUGAUUUUGCCAAAUUUCAUAAUCAAUCAAAAGAGGUUAUGUUAAUUGCUAAACGAUUGCAAAAGAAAAAGAAUAAAACAAAGAAGAAUAAAAAACCCAAGAGAUUGCAAAAAACUGUAUAAAGCAUUAAUUAUAUUAGGUUUUGAAAAUUGUAUAACAAUUAUAUUUUAACAUUAAAUAAAAUGUAACUUGAACUUUUA